AUGGCGUCACUGCCCCGCGCCGGGCCUGUCCAGCAUGGCGCCGGCGGGCGGGCGCUGAUGGCGCCGGCGGUGCUCGCGCGGCUGCGGCGGCUCCUCCCCGCGGCCCCGCGGCCCGGCUGCGCCCCGCCGCCAUCCCGGGCCGCUCAGACGGGCGGUGCUGGAGCCCCGCGGCCGCGCCGCGACCUCUACGAGGUGCUGGGCGUCCAGUCCACGGCGACGGCGGCGCAGAUCAAGACGGCGUACUACGAGCAGUCGUUCCGGUACCACCCCGACCGCAAUGCCGGCAGCGCGGCCGCGGCCGCGCGCUUCGCCGCCGUCAGCGAGGCUUACCGGGUGCUCGGCAGUGCCGCGCUGCGCCGCAAGUACGACCGCGGGCUCCUGAGCGCCGAGGAGCUGCGCGACGCGCCCCGGCCCUCGGGCCGCCCUCCUGCCGGUGCCUCGCCGCCGCCCCGCGCCCCCACUGCCCGCCCGGGGCCCGUCCCGCCACCCUUCGACUUCGACGCCUUCUACCGCGCCCACUACGGGGAGCAGCUCCAGCGGGAGCAGCUGCUGCGGGCGCGGCGGGAGCAGCUGCGCCUGAGGCGGGAGGAGGCCGCGGCACAGGGACGCCUUAGGGUCCUCUCCGAUCUCUCGAUCGGGCUCCUCUUCUUCCUGGGUGUUGCCCUCAUCUACGGCCUCAAGUGACAGCGAGACCGCGGCGGGGCUGGGCAGCUCCACAGUGUCACCAGGGGGCUUGGCAGCGGGCUGGGGACGAGCCCUGCACCUGCCCUUGGCCGACAGCCUGGGUCUGCUAUUCAUGCUGUGGCGUUUCGCUCUGCCAGUGUGACCUUCAGGGACGGUGUAUGGCCAGCAGGCUUCAUAGGCUGUGACCUGGCCCCUCUGCCAGCAUGACCUUCAGACACUCAGUGCCCCUGGCUGGCACAGGAUGUGACCUCUGGAUACCCUCUGUGUGCUCCCAUCCACAGACUGGGCUAGGCUGUGCUGUCCACACAGCAUGACCUUGCAGAGGUGGUGAAGGAACUCUGCAGGCUCCUGAUGUGUCCCCUCAACCAACACUACUUGCAGACACAGUGCCUGACAAGCAUCCUGGACUCUGGACUGGGAGGCGUCCCCUCCUUUGGCACAGCUCUGUGACCUUGGUGUGCCCCAGGUGCCUGUUGUGAGCUGCAGCAGAGAUUAAAGGCUGUCAGAGGUGGUGUCUGCUGUGUGUGUUCAGGGCUGUGCUCACUCAUGCUCAAUGUGGCUCUGGUUUCUGCUGAUCCCAGACCUGCCACCUCUGUGCUAUCAUACCUGCUGGUUCUACAUCUCUGGGGAGCUUUUGACAUCCAAACUGCAUCAGCCAGCUCAGAAUAGCAGGUAUAGAAGUUAGAUUCAGCAGACUUGAAAAAUGAAACUCAAGCUCAUGCCCUGGUCAGUGUGUGACAUUGCCUGGAGGUGCAGCCAAAACACUUUAGUGUCUGAAGUCCUGUCCUGUCUUGGGCCUGCCAGGAACUUUACACCAGCCCCUCCCUCUGAGGCUUUUGGCCGUGGUGCACCUGUGAGCACCUAGAGCUCUUUUCUGUGUUUGACCUGUAUCUGAGCAUCAUUUGCACAAGUGUAUUUGCCUAUUUAAAUACUGAAGUAUUGUUAAGACCUAAA